GACACGCCCACCUGGACACUCCCAUCACUCACCUGGACACGCCCACCGCACCUGGACACGCCCACCUGGACACUCACCUGGACACGCCCACCUGGACACGCCCACCUGGACACUCACCUGGACACUCACCUGGACACUCACCUGGACACGGCCACCUGGACACACCCACCUGGACACGCCCACCUGGACACUCACCUGGACAUGCUCACUUGGACACGCCCACCUGGACACUCACCUGGACACGCUCACUUGGACACACCCACCGCACCUGGACACGCUCACCUGGACACGCCCACCUGGACACGCUCACCUGGACACUCACCUGGACACUCCCAUCACUCACCUGGACACGCCCACCUGGACACGCCCACCUGGACACUCACCUGGACACGCCCACCUGGACACUCACCUGGACACUCCCAUCACUCACCUGGACACGCCCACCUGGACACGCCCACCACUCACCUGGACAUGCCCACCACUCACCUGGACACGCCCCUUUUGAACCAGGACACGCCCACCACUCACCUGGACACGCCCACCCAACCUGGACACGCCCACCUGGACGUGCCCAUGACACCUGGUCACACCAGGACCACGCCCACCUCACCUGGACCCCGCCCACCUCACCUGACCACGCCCAUUUUCCUACCCAUAACCACGCCCACUUCAUUAUUCUGGCUGUGGCCACGCCCACCUUGCGGCCACGCCCAUUCCCCACCUGGCCACGCCCAUUUCCCUACCCAUGACCACGCCCACUUCAUUAUUCUGGCUGUAGCCACGCCCACCUUGCGGCCACGCCCAUUCCCCACCUGGCCACGCCCAUUUCCCUACCCAUGACCACGCCCACUUCAUUAUUCUGGCUGUGGCCACGCCCACCUUGUGGCCACGCCCAUUCCCCACCUGGCCACGCCCAUUUUCCCGCCCUGACCACGCCCACCCCUC